CAUUGGUCUAAACUUUGGGGGUCCAGCGCAUAAAAGCCCCAGAUCCAGAGGAGGCACCAGAAUCUGACAACCUCACCUCUGGACAGGACCUGCCCACCCUCCACCCCUGACACCAUGACCCACUCGUGCUGCUCCUCUUGCUGCCAGCCUACGUGCUGCAGGACCACCUGUUGCCGGACAACCUGCUGCCAGCCCACAUGCUGUGGGUCCAGCGGCUGUGGGUCCAGCUGCUGCCAGCCUUGCUGCCGCCCAACUUGCUGUCAAACCACCUGCUGCCGGACCACCUGCUGCCAGCCCAGCUGCUGUGGGUCCAGCGGCUGUGGACACAGCUGCGGUGGGUCUAGCGGCUGUGGGUCCAGCUGCUGCCAGCCUUGCUGCCGCCCAACUUGCUGUCACACCACCUGCUGCCGGACCACCUGCUGCCAGCCCAGUUGUUGUGGGUCCAGCGGCUGUGGGUCCAGCGGCUGUGGACAAAACUGCUGUGGGUCCCACUGCUGCCAGCCAGUUUGCUGUACCCCCGUGUACUGCACGAGAACCUGCUACCACCCCACCUGCUGCUGCCUGCCUGGGUGCCUAGCCCAGGGCUCUGGAUCCUGCUGCCAGCCUUCCUGCUGCUGAUUGCCUCGCCAAGAACCACCAUCUGAUUUACCAUUUGGGAAAUAGUCACUGCUCAACGUUGCAGAAAGCCAGCAUGCAAUACCCAAUAUCUCUGUUAUUUAUCUCUCUUUUUUACAAGCUUGUGAAUCAGCUUGAUAAAGUGUGGACUCCCUCUCCCUGGUUCUCUUCUUCCAUCUUCUUAUGGGUCACCUGCCAGCUUCAUGCAUUCUGAUCCUGUCAUGAGGCCUGUUUUGAGUGCAUAGUCAAGAUCUUCAUCCUGUCCCUCGAAGUACCUUAGAGAAACAAAUCCUCAUAAUUGACAUACAGGUUUUUGCAACUAUGGAAAGUCUACUCUAAUAUGUUUUCUUUCUCAGUGUACUCUUGGUUCUUGUAUGCUGCUCUCUUCCUGUCAUGGUCUCUUUCAAUGUCUCCUUAGAUGCAGGGAGUCUCACUUAUAUUUCUUAAUAAAUCCUAUACCAUAUGGC